GCAGGAAAAUUAUUGCUGUCAUGCAAUGCCUGUGGGCCUGGGGCAGUGCAGGAGCAGUAUAAAAGCAGGUCCUUCUCCUCACUCUUUCAUCCACUCCUCUCACCUCCAUCUCCUUCAAUACAAGGUGCACCUGCAGCCCCAAGCCAUGUCCUGCUACCCCCGGUGCCAGCCCUGCCAGCCCUGUGGGCCCACCCCGCUGGGCAGCAGCUGCAAUGAGCCCUGUGUCAGGCAGUGCCAGGACUCCACCGUCUUCAUCCAGCCCUCGCCCGUGGUGGUGACCCUGCCCGGGCCCAUCCUCAGCUCCUUCCCCCAGAACACCGCCGUGGGAUCCUCCAGCUCUGCUGCUGUUGGCAGCAUCCUCAGCUCUCAGGGAGUGCCCAUCAGCUCUGGGGGCUUUGGCCUCUCUGGCCUGGGCAGUGGCAUCUGUGGCAGGAGGUCCUUCCCCUGCUGAAGCUGCUGGUGAUGAUUCCAGGGUGUGAACCUAAGCACUCAGCAGGAUGGCUCUUCACUGGGGAUGGAGCAUGGCCUUGGUGCUUCCUGAGGGGCUGAGCAAGCCCAGCAGCCCUUGCAGAAGGACUCUUGGCAAGCACAGCCCAGCCCUGACUCUGCCCUCUUCCCAUCUUUUGUCUCCCUCUCCUUGCUCCUUUGUGCUCCCUGGGGCUGUGAGUCCCACACAUCCAUCCAGGGGAGGACCUGCUGGCCCUGCUCCCUCUCUGGAUCAGGCAGAUGGACAUCUUCUGAGAUCUUCACCACAGUUAUCUGGUGCUCCUUUAACUCAGAUUUACCUAGUUUUCAUCUUUUGACUCAUUAAAGUUCUACUGCAUUU